ACUUUAACUUCCCUCACACUGCUUCACUGUGGAAACAGGUUUGCUAAUAAAACAAAGAACAUUGGUUAAUCCACCCACCACCACCACCCAGCCAGCCACCUGCCUCAUGAUCAUCUUCUAAACUGUGUAAAAAUGGCGACAGCAGCCUUCAAAUCGAACUCCAAAAGAAGCGAUGGCUAUGGUUCCUCUAAUCCUCCACCUCAAAAACCAAAAAUACGAAGAUCUUUGAGCGUCAACGCUCUGUCAAGAUCAACUGAAACCGACAUAGCCGCAGAGUUCUUGAACAAAAGAGACAAUCCUCUAUACUGGGCAACAGGCGGUGACGCCAACGCUGAUGUGGGGGUGGUCGAGAGAGGCCGGUCUCGGUCGGUAAAGAGGGGUUCGGAUUUGAAGAAUGGUGGUGAGAAGGAGGCUCGCCGCAGGAGUUUGUCUCGGGUGAAUAAUGGAAGUGGCCGCAGGGGUCGAUCUGUUUCCAGGGCCAAAUUACCUUCUCAGAGUGAAGCAGAACAAGAAUCAAGAAUGCCAAUCACACAUGGAGGUAGGGGUCGGGCAUCUAGCAGUACUGGGAAGCUUCCUGUGUCUAGCAUUACAUCAUUUGAGAGGACUUCCCGUCCAUCCGUUGGUUCUUCUUUUGAUUCACAAGUGUUGAACUGCGAAGAUGGCAUCUCUACUGGUUCUCUGUCUGAAGCCGAAGAGAAAACAAUUAAAGCUGUUUAUGAGCAGAUGAAGUCAUAUGAAGCAAGCAAUUUGAGAAACGAUACAGCCUCAAUUGAAAUAUACGAAACUGUGAGAUCUGAAGUGAGACGUGCUAUUGCCGAUAUGCAGGACGACCUUCACGAUGUCAUCCGGAGAAACAGCAGUGGUGGUCUUGUGAGUAGGGAUAUAUCUCCAAAGUUGGUUAAACCCGGGGCUGUUGAGUUAGUGUUGGACAUAAGAAGGGAAUAUGCCAAAGAACUCGAAGCGUCCCAAGAACGUGCUAGAAAACUUCGAUCAGAUUUGGCUAUUGAGGAGCAUCACAAGCAGGAAUUGAGCAGAAUUCUCAAGGAGACACUUCCAGAACCCAAGACCUCUAGUUCUCAUAGAUCUCGUUUAGGAAGAAAAAGUAGCAGUGAAAGAAAGAAGAUGUCAAAACGUUUGACAGAUGAAGCAAUGUCUUAUUUUGAUGAAUGUGUUUCGAUAUCCACUUUUGAUAGUUCUGAUUUCUCAGCAGCAGAAGACCCAUCUGUGAACUCAGUCACCCCUGCUCCAAACUCUCGCAUUGUGCAACAGAUUGUUCAUGAUGAGCCAGUAUCCAGUUCAGUGGUUGAUAGUAGUUGUAACGAACGUGUGAUGGAUAGCGUUGUUGAAACCACUGAUAGUACAGAACGUGACAGGAAAUCCCUCUUCUCAUUUGGUCACAAACCAACGGAGAGCAUAAAGCUGCAACAUGACAUAGUAUGUUACAUCAAAACGUUUGAGAAAGAUGCUUGCAUAGAUGGAACGACAUCAAGAUAUAAUUACAACACAGAUGCGUACGGACUACUUGAUGUCAGUGAAAGCUUAUUGUUUGAUAAGGUGUUGUUUAGAAACCGGCAAGAGUCUGGUAGUUUGCAUAUAUGUGGCGGGGUUGUGGUUCCAUUUUCGCCCUUUCCUCAUCUUUUUUGAAGAUUCUAGAUAUUGUCAGUGUAAGGUUUUCUCAUGUAAAAGGUGGUUGUUUCUUUUCUUUGUUGUUGGAGGUCUUAAAGAGAGAUUGUUUUUGGUUUUACAUAAAUAUUAUGUGAAUUAAGGAAGUCAGCCAUGAAUGCUGAUUUGGGACUGA